ACGACUGUAAAAGCAACUGUGUAUAUUUAGAUUCGAGUUCAUAGUCAGAUGAACAUGACUCUUGGGAGUAAUAUGACAAGUUAAACUGGCAAGCAAAGUCAACACCUUGUAGCCGAGCAUUAGUAACUGCACCUGUAUGCCACAUCAAGACAGUGUGACAUUAUUUUAUGGUCCACUCAUUUUGGAUUAUCGGGCUAUUCAAAACGAUCGCUUCUUUAAGGGCAAACAUCCACAUGAUACAAAUCCGAAAAAAUGUCCGGAAAUAUAAAAUUUCAGAUGAAUCGAACAGUCAGAGAUACCAAAGAAGUGGAGAGGACUCUUGUGUUCGAAGGCAAGAAACCUCCACCUCUUCCACCUCCAUUCCUGUCCAAAGCCAAAGAACCACCAACACCAGAGGACUUCCCGCGGACACUUACCCUGGACCUACCACCCCACGAGAGGAGUACCACCCUAGCGGUGUUCCUGUGUGAGAUGAAAUUACCCCAACGGAUCAGAAUCACCGAGUCGUUAAAGGUCCCUGACUGCAGGGCUGUUCUUAACAGAGGGGAUUCUUUCUUGCUUCAUUUCAUCCGUAAUAACCCUACUGUCCAUGCAGCUACUUCUGAGGGACAGACUAUACGGCUGCCAGUUCAUGCAGGGCAAAAGUACGAGAUACUCCCUCUUGAUCCUCGAUUAGACGAUAAAGUGUACAACGGCACCAAACAGCUCCUGGAUGCCAGUCCCCUACCGUCAACCGUUCGAGUAACAGAAGCCUUUUAUUCAGAGGAAGAUGAUGAAGACCAAGUGGUCGGAGACAUCAUUCAAAUCGAAAAACUUGAACUGGAUCAGGAUCGUGGUAUGCUCCUGGUUGGUAAAUGUGGAUCAGCAAACAUCAAAUACUCCAAGGCUAUGAACUCUACUUUUACCACCAUGUUGUUCCCAGAGUUCCAUCGUAUGACAGAACUCAAGGAUCACACGUUUCCUCAGAGAGUUCGCAUCCCAGAUGAUACGGAGGAUCUCUCACAUCGAAGCUUCAAACAUAAGCAAGUCUUCCAUUUGAAGAAUUUCUCAGAUGAUAAAUACGUCGUAGCAACUCGGGCUAAUGACCCCCAUAUUUACUCCAUACCAGUGGCCACGCCCAUUCAGUUUACCCGCGAGAUCAUCACAAUAGCAGAGAAACAAAUCCUGGAUAUGUUACCAGUUUUGUACCCCCUCGUGAACUCUAGUUGGGGGUUGAUAGAUCCUACGCAGAAGGAAUUACCCAAAUCUAUGAGGGCUGCCCCGGAGCCACUAGAACUGGUGCUGGCAGCCUGGAAUGCUAGUAAAGAAGAACAUUGGGAUACUGAAGACGAGCUAUUAGCACCAGAAGGUCUCAAGAUUAAAGCAACAACGGCAUAUCCUGACCUACCUGUGAUAUCCCCUCAACCGUCGAAUAGACCUCGGUACAUGUCUGAAGGCGCACCUCGCCUACCCCCUCGCCCUCCAGGAGGACUAUUGUCGAUCAGUUCCGAUCCAGGCUCUUCGUAUAACAACGACACUGAUUCGGACUCCGAUGACUAUGAAAAAGUGGAAGAUCCGAGUGUUCCUCUUCCAAAAAGCAUAUCGAGGGAGGCUAUGGCUGCAGUCAGAGAUAUACUUAUCAAGAAAGAAACGGAAUUACGAGAGCAAAGAGAGCACUUGAAUUUGUGGAAAACAAAAUGCAAGAAUCUUGGAGAUGAAGUUAGCAAAUUGAAAGAGACUUUAGCUGUGGCUCUACGAAUGGAUAGUAAACUAUCACGGCCUGGAGGGGCUUCACGCGAUGAUUUUGAUCUUGACGAUGGCCAUCGGUGCCAGCGGGUGGAACCCCGUCCUCGUGGCUUGUCGUCUCCUCUUACAUUUGUACCUGGGAGUCUAACACCUUUAGGAGUGCCGCCCCGUUUAUCAAGUUCCAUCUUGGCUGGAAACUUGAGGGAGUUCACGAUUGCAGAAGUAGGGGAGUUUCUGCUGCAGCAUGGUCUAGAGAAGUACGUCGACACAUUUCGCAAGAAUGGCGUCAACGGUUCGUUGCUCGUCUCGAUGGAUGAAGCUCACAUGUUGGAACUACAGAUGUCGCGAUUACAUGCACUCAAGCUUUGCAUAGAGGUCGGGAAAAGGUACAAACCUCCUCUGCCAAUUUGAAGACUGAAUCUCAUUUCCGCCUGUUAACAUACGUGUCCAAGUGAAUGAUUAUUAAGAAUUGCCUGUAUUUGUGAGCUUCCUGCAGAUGAAUAUUAUGAAGAUGUUACUUCCUCAUAAAUACAUGAAGUGUCUGACAUACAUUUUAUGCCAAUGGACUUCUGCUGAUAUUUGUGACAUGUAUUUCAACUGUAGAAUGAUUUCCUUGAAAGUAUUGAAAGAAUUUCCAGUGUAUGAAAUAGACCAUACUUUUUUAAAAUGUCCAAACACAGUUAACGCAUGAUUGUUGUCUAUACGGUGGGCCAUAUUAACAAUGCCUUGUUGACACCCCACCUUCUUUGUACAACUUGUACUAAUCAUAUUCAAUGUCCAUUACAAAGGUCGGAUGCUACAAAACUUUGCUAAUGAAAAGAGUUUAUCAUACUUGACAUCAGGUAAUAAUGAUCUCUUUUUCUUGAGAUAUAUUAAAAGUGAACGUUUGUAUGGUGUAAAUAUCAUUAUUCAUACUGUUUUCUGAAUUAUCG